AUGGCUGCUCUGUUCCUAGCAACUCCUGCUAGUACGUCCUUAACCGGAGCCCUCCAACUCUCACGUGGUACAAGAGAACCUCCAACUUCGCCUCUCAAACUUACACUUCCUCGUCGUUGGGCACACAAAACCACCACCAGAACUUAUGCUUCGAUUUCCAUGCCGGUUUCAUCCAAGUCCGAGGAUCUCGUGGCCGCCAUUCUUUCCAAGGGUUAUAUUGUGGGGUAGCACGCCCGUCACUCAUUCUUCUCCAAUUGAUACAAGGUGGCAUGUGGAAUGUGGCAUGGCAAGACUAUAAAUUUACUGUCAUAUUUUUCCAAUAGGUUUAAUAGGGUUGUUUAGAUUUGUUAUUCAUCUUCCAACUGCUCUCUUGUUGUGGAAGGAUCCUAUUGUUAGCCAUCAAUUCCAAUUACUGUCUUCUAAUAACAGGAACCUAAUUGAUUCGUUUUUUCUGAUGGUCAUUUGAUUUCCUUCUUUUUUCGAAACUUCUGAAGUCCCCCUUUCUGCAGAGGGAAAGAAACCUGUUCUUUUCUUGUUUUUUUUGUUUGUCCCAAAGUCUAUCAAUAUACUUAGAUUAGAAUUUUGGCAGUUUUUGUUUCAUUCCGUGCCUAAAAAUAAACUUGUUAAAAGUUACAUAUUACACACACACAAAAGGUAUGUGAAAAUAAAGAUGAAAAAUAA